ACAGGCUGGUCUGAAAGGGGGCACUCACAGUGCUGGAGAAAGGAAGAAGGACAGAAAGAGAGAGGCUGGUCUGCAAUAACUUGGGUCUGGAAGGAAGAGCUUGGCUGACAGAUGCUGGUCCAGAAGGCCACUAACAGGAUGAAGAGAGUCAGCCACGUGGACCCUGAGAGAUUAGGCGCGGGUGGGUCGUAAACAGAUUAGUCCUGAACGAGAGGCUGCAUUUUUAACCUUCUCACUUAUGUGACACCCAUCCUCCACGCAUGCAUCCAAGCCCACAUUCACACACCCUCUGUCAGCCACAGUCUGACAGCCUGUGCCAGGAUUCACUGCUGCUGCCCUCAGUGAUCAAAUCCUCACCCAGGAAUCUGCACCAUCUUCCUGCACUUGUCGAACAACUGGCCUUUCCAUGGAAACCUGGACACAGCAUCCGUGGAAGAAAACUUCCCCACCCAGUGGACACCAGAUAAGUCACUGAGGACCGCACCCACUUUACCCCCCAAAUGACCGUCUUUAUAGCCAAAAGGAAAUAAAGCACUGCAUCAUGCCAUUGAAAACAGGACUAUUCCUCUCCCUGUUCUUGUUUACCCUCCAAGCCACCAGAAUCAAAGACCUCAGGAGUGAUGAUCUGUCAGGGAUCAGAAACGUCAAAUACAGACAUUUUUUAGAGGCAGCAAGACCAGACAGACAGCUGCCGGCUGCACGAAUUGCACUCGACCAGAACAGACAUCGAGCAAAAAGAUCUACACUGCUCAGCACAGGGGUCAAAGUGUGUCCUCAGGAGAGCAUGGCAGAGGUCAUCUCAAGCCAUAAAGCCUACUACAAACUGAGAGUCUGCCAGGAAGCAGUAUGGGAGGCAUUCCAGAUUUUUCUGGACAGAGUACCUGACACUGUGGAGUACCAGCAAUGGGUAUAUGCCUGCCAGAGAGACUCAAUGUGUGUAGAUGACUUGGCCCGAAACUUCAGCAGCACCCAGGAACACCUUGACAUGGUGGCUAGGCAAGUGAGUGCCCAAGAGGAACUGGAGGGUGCCCUCGCCACAUCUACACCAGGCGAGAAAUGUUCAAAGACUACUGAAGAGCUACCUGUUAUGGAAACAGAGAAGACUGGAGCUAUAGGCACUGUCCCUGCAGAGCUGGUAGAACACAUAAUCGAGUUCAGUGUGACUGUGGAGGAUCCUGGUUACAGCGAGCUACUGACUGAACCUGACACCUUACCCUAUCAAGAUGUCACCCACAGCCUUCACGAGCAGAUGCUGCACAUUUUCAGCAAACUUCCUGGGUUUAAGGAGAUCCGACUGCUGGGAUUCCGGUCUGGAGGAGAUGCACUGCGCUACGCUGUGGUGUUUGAGACAGAAGUGGACUCUACAGGGAAAGAGUCCUCAGAGACAACUGGUGAAUCUGGCACAGAAACAUCCCUGAAGGACAUGGUAGCAAAGGCCCUGAGUGAGGACAUGUCCCUGCCUUUGGAUAUUCAUUCCCUCAGCUUUGAACCAGAGCUACCAACAGAACAUACAAGAUAUUUACCUGGGGGCAUUAUUACAAAACCUACAGUGGCCAUCUCGGAGGAGAGUUUUCAGUCCACUAGUAUCUCUACAGGAGACGCAGCUUCUAACAGGACACAAGAGAAGAGAGGUGAAGAGGCAAUUGCUAACACUACAAAGGAAAUAUUCAAACAGAUGCCUCCUACGACUACGUUACCGACCAUUACAGAGCAAUUUCCACCUGGAUCAACUAAAAGCACACAGCUGGAGGAACCUGAGGAGAAAAAUCUGAUCACAGAGGGGAUUCAAAUAACUGGAGGACUAAAGAGGAAUACUACUUUGGAUUAUCCUUCAAAGACAUCUGAAGUCCAAGAGGACCUUAGAAAUGAAAUUGCUGUCACAGCUGGGUCACCGAGAUUGAGCUUUUUUGAAGUAGUAACAGCAUCAACUUACGUUCAGUCCUCAGUGGAUUUGGUUACCGUAUCAGAAGGUUCACAAACAUUAUCAGUUAUGCCUUCUUUUACCUUCACUGAGGUCCCUAGAGAGCAUGUUGUAAGAGGUGAUGCUGUUGGACCUGUGGAUAUUCAUUCAGAAGCUCCAUCCUCAGAAACUUCUGAAUCAGACAGUCCUAUAGACUACCCUGAGGUACCUAGUGUGAGCAAGCCCACUGAAGUAGAGUCAGUAGAGUUCCCAUCACUACCCAGCACUACAGAGAAGCCAAGAAAGCCUCCUCCAACUGUCACACCCACAGCUGUUUCUCCAGUAGUCACAUCCUCCGUGCCCUCAGCCAUACCAGAUGAGAACAUCCUAUAUGAGGAGGGACAACCUCUCCAGACCCAUUCCCCUCAUCAACCAGAGAGCAUACCAGAUAAUGACAUGAACAUGCAAGAGGAUGUAGAGCAGACCGAAGAAGAAACAGAAACAGGUGAAAAUCAAGAUUAUGGUGGCGGAUUCGAACCAGAGCACCCACAGUCUUCAGCCUCCUCUCUGGACAUGGCUGCAAGCCAGGCCAAAGACCUAGUUGUGUUUUUUAGUUUGCGAGUGACUAACAUGGUCUUUUCAGAGGAUCUUUUCAACAAAAGCUCUCCGGAAUACAAAUCCUUGGAGAACACUUUUCUUGAGCUGAGACAAUUUCCUGAAUCCAAUAACUUGCCAAACCCAGAAGCUUCCAGUAAACAGACUGAGAGGGAACAACGGACAUUAGCCUCAAUACCGCUUCUUCCAUACCUGCAGUCCAAUCUAACUGGCUUUAAGGAGCUGCAGAUUCUCAACUUCAGAAACGGUAGCGUGGUGGUAAACAGCAAGAUGAAGUUAGUCAAACCGGUGCCAUAUAAUGUCACGGAAGCUGUGCACUGCGUUCUUGAAGACUUUUGUAACGCCGCAUCCAAAAGACUGGACAUUGAAAUUGACACCCAGUCAGUGGAUGUUGCAGCAGGUAAGGAGAUGGCAGCCGAUGAUGGUGAUCCAUGCAAGUACAUGGACUGCAACGAAUUCUCUCGCUGUGUGGUGAACACACUGACUGCUGAAGCUGAGUGUUUGUGUGAUCCUGGCUACAGCAUAGUGGACGGGCUGCCCUGUGAAAGCAUCUGUAGCAUCCAGCCUGACUACUGUCUGAAUGGAGGUCAAUGCGAGAUCAUACCAGGACAUGGAGCGACCUGCAGAUGCCCUGUAGGUAAAUUCUGGCACUAUCAUGGAGAACGCUGCAAUGAACUGGUGUCUGUGGCAGUUGACCCACUCCUUUUCGUAGCCUGCCUGGUGGGAAGUCUCACCAUGGUUUGUGCUGUGAUAGGCAUCUUGAUUUUCAUUAACAAGAAAUGUAUACGGACGAGGAAGACGGUGACACUAGUGCAUUCACACUCCUCCUUCCCCUUUGAGGGUACAAUGAGAGUGAAUCCAGGUUUUGAGAAUGACGAGGGUAUCUUGACUCAUGUGUCAAGCAUCAGCUAUCCUAUUAGCACUGAUUCUGGGUCUUCUCAAUUCUCUGACCAAGGCACUUUUCGAUCAGUUGAAAACAUACACCUUAGUUUUGAGAUCCCCAGACAACUCUACACAAGAAGAUCAGAAAAGUUAGUACCAGAAAUGGUUGAUUUCCACCACUGCAUACCACAUCAUGAGACAUGGCGGCUGUCUAAUGAACACAGGACCUCGUGUUGUUUUCUGAGGGGACCAGACAGUGAAGGGUUUGAAGUGACCGUUUUAUGAUGGUAAUCGGACAAGCUCAACUUGGCACCAAAGGUCUUCAGUGGUCUUCCAGGCAAACCAUAUUCAACUCUGUUGGCUGUAGAUAUUUGGAAUAUGUAUGGUAACACAAACCAUCAACAAUCAACCAGGCUGUUAAAUGAACAUGCAACUGGACUCAUACCAGAGGAAGCAUUGUUUGAGACUUGGAAUGGGUUGGAUGUUUUGUACCCUUGUCAAAGGUUAUUUUUUUUCCCUCACAAUGAGGUAUUUAUUUACAAAUGGAUACAUUUGGUGGUAAUAUAGAUUGUAUUACUGAAACAGUAUUCUAACCUCUCUUCAGGCUCCCAAAAAAGAAACUGAAUGUAAAAUAAACUGUUAAAUGUUUAUGGUUGUUAUUUAAACCUUUUAAACUAUUCAGACAGUAUUUAGAUCUAAGAUGCUAAUGUUGAUAUUAUACUAACUAAUAAUGUUGUAUUAAAAAAAGGACACCCA